GAUUUGCACAUGCACUCUUUGUAUUGUUGAAACCAGAGCCUGCCAACUCAUGGGACGCGCCGUCAAGCCCAGAGAAUAGCGAUCCUAAUGAUCCAUGGAAAUUAACAGCAUCACUUACCACGGCGCUGGACAAUGGAACGAUUGUAGAUGGCACAUCAUUA